AUGAAUGAGGAAGAUGAGUUUGGUAUGAGCAAGAUGUCGCGGGACGCUGAUCCAAUGGAGAACGAGGCUAAAAGUUGUGUAAAAGAUCACCCUGACUUUAAAUUUCUAGACACCAACGAGAUUCGCACGGCUGUGGCGUGUGAAGAUAAGCACGCGGUGCCUGUAUGGAUGACUGACCUGCCCGUGGAGAAAGAUCCGAGCCAAUGGACGAUUUUGGAGGUGCAGAUCCGUCCUGAUCGCUCAUGGGAAGUCAUAAAGGAGCUCAUUGCUACUAUAUGCAUCAGCAAAGGUCUUUUAAUCGCCGAAGAACAUGCCAAUUGGGUACUAUUCCGGAAGAAAGUGAUGCAAGAAUCGAUGGCUCAUGGCAUGGCCAAUACUUCUACAUUUCUCAAUGUUUACGUACGCAUUGGUGUAUCCCCGACGAAGCUGCGUGUGGUAGAUAUCUGUGCGUUGGUAUUGGACGAGAGCAAGCUCCUGGGUGGCAUGAUACCAACAGGAAAAAAUAGUUUGUGGACUGCUCAAGACCACAAUCAACCACACAUGUAUGCACUGGACCAAUUAUUAGGAGCAUUGCAAUCAACGCUGCUUAGUCAGUGUCUAUCGCUAAGUCAUUUGUAUAUGUCCAGUCCUGAAAACUCCAUGGAUGCAGUUGAAAAUGUUGAGCUGGAUGAAGGAUAUAUUGCAGACAUAAAGCAAGCGUUUAGCAGUGAGAUGAAGGCAAACAUAAGAGACCUAUGUAUCCCCUUGGAAUCGUAUGCGUAUGACCAAGAGUUUGCUUGCGCUCUACUGAUCGGUUUACUUGAACCAACUUUGAAAAAAUACGCGAUCAAGCUAACGGACAAACCUACAGGUGACGGAAGCGCGAUAAAUGACACGAGUGUACCUGCUGCGAGCGUUGACGUUCUGUCAAUGAAUGAAGAUAAACCAGCUUCCAAAGAGGUGCAGACGCCUUCAUGUCAUGAAACAGAACCUGUAGAUACUUCCCCAUCAACAAUGCAAGCAACUUCUGUUGAACCUGGGAAAAGCUAUGGCGAGGUGAUUACCGAGAUGAUUCAAAAUCUGUGGCGGGUGUGCAAGGAAGACUGCGAGGUGAGAUUGCGAGCAACAAUUAAAGAAAAGCAGCAGCAGGUGACUGCGCGUGUAGAAGCUGUGCAAAGGUUACGGGCUCGUGCAAUCCGGGCAAUCAUGGAAGCAGAAAAUGCGGAAGUAUCAAGCCUUAUCCAAUCUGAAGGUGAUGACCGGAAUAAUGUUCUUCUCUACGAGGCCUCUUGCAUGGUAAAUGGUAUUCCUGUUACGCUCCACGUGACAUAUGGAAACUUUAUUUAUCGGACGAUGGUACCCGUGUUUGCACACACCACGCUGGUCUCUUUUGAAGACGUCGUGAAUGUUGCACAAACUACAUCGUUUGGUAUCCAGGUAGUGUCCGUGGAGCUCGACUCAACAAAGCAUGCGAAGGGAAUCACAAUUGCUAUGGGGCUCGAAGUGGACUUGUUAUUCCAGCUCCUGCACGAGCUUUUCUCAAUGCACCAACGUGAGAUCAAGGAAAAUAUUGUUGCUUUGCCUCCAUUGCAACAACAAGAAACCGAAAAGAACCCGAGCGAGCUUCAAAAAAUUAUAGGCUCCGACGAAGAGGAAACAAAGGAGGAUAAGAUUCCACGAAUCGUGUCUACUUCAUCGCCAAAUGCUGGUGAUGAGUCUGAAGCAGUUAUUGUCUCGCCGGAGUAG